UGCGCGCUGGCGCGGCUGUGGCCCGGGGCCCUGGCUGGCUGCGCCGAGGCCGGGCGCUGCUGCCCCGGCCGGGACCCUGCCUGCUUUGCCCGCGGCUGGAGGCUGGACAGGGUCUAUGGGACCUGCUUCUGCGACCAAGCCUGCCUCCUCACCGGGGACUGCUGCUUCGACUACGCCAGGGCGUGCCCAGCUCGCCCAUGCUUCGUAGGGGAGUGGAGUCCCUGGAGUGGUUGUGCAAACCAGUGCAAGCCAACGACCCGUGUGCGGAGGCGCUUGGUGCAGCAGGAGCCUCAGAACGGUGGGGCACCCUGCCCGCCCCUGGAAGAGCGAGCUGGCUGCCUGGAGUACUCCACCCUGCAGGGCCAGGACUGCGGGCACUCCUUUGUUCCUGCCUUUAUAACUACCUCUGCGUUCAACAAGGAGAGAACAAGACAAGCUGCAUCUCCACAGUGGUCUAUGCACACCGAGGAUGCCGGAUACUGUAUGGAGUUCAAGACAGAGUCCUUGACUCCUCACUGUGCUCUGGAGAACCGCCCCCUGACUCGAUGGAUGCAGUAUCUCCGGGAGGGGUACACGGUGUGUGUCGAGUGUCAACCUCCUGCCAUGAACUCCGUGAGCCUUCGCUGUUCCGGAGAUGGCCUGGACUCUGAUGGAAAUCAAACUCUCCAUUGGCAAGCAAUUGGCAAUCCUCGAUGUCAAGGAACUUGGAAAAAAGUUCGGCGAGUAGACCAGUGUUCUUGUCCAGAUGUUCACAGUUUUAUUUUUAUAUAGAUAGCAAUGUAAAUAUUUCAAAAUGCAUUUGUAAACAUGCUGAAUAGUAUCAAGUUGUGUUCAAUGCUUCAUAAACCUUCAAAAACUCUGAACACACAUCACUGCCACAUUCUGAAGUAGAGAAAGAAAAUUUAGGGGCCAGUUUUCAAGAAACACAGUACCUUUAUUUUUAUUUUUACUGAGUUGAGGACCCACCCUAAAAGCUCCUGUGAUUACAUGUUCUUACCUUCCAUCUGGAGUCCUCUCAUUCAACAAGUGGCCCACGAGACACUGAAUACAUGCCUGUUUGUACUAAAAUUACUACAGCACGGUCUAUUUAUUGGUAAGUUGUCACUUAAGGGUAUCCAUGCUUUGAAUCUUGCAAUCUUUCUAUUUCAUAAGCUCUUAAAAGCUUCUCACUUUAAAAAAUGUAAACAGAUAUAUGUACACUUGCACAUAUAUUUCCCAUAUAUUAUUCCGUAUAUCUUGAAAAAAUAAUUUCAAGCAAGUUGUCACAAAUAAUUUUCCACAGGGCAAGCUGUUUGAAAUUUCAGUAAGCAUUUUGUAAUAAAAACCCAACAGCUAUGCUAAAAAUAUUUUUUAAAGAUGAAAAAAAUUUUGGGGGGGUUAUUGAAAAGAUUAAUCAAAUGCUCAUUCUAGGUCAAUAGGAGUUCUUUUAAAUGUUAUAAUUUUUAUGAAGGGAAAUUUUGGCACCAAUGAAUAAAACAAGUGCUUUAAUUAUGAAAAUUCUACUGCCAUCCCAUCUAAGAUUACUUCCAAGGCUUAAAGCCCUAAGCAGAAUAAAAUAAUCUUUCAGAGUCCAACUUCAAGUUUACUUGAAGUAAACUUCCCAACUUUUCUUACAGCAUACAUUUUCUUAUGUGUGGGCUGGAUGGCUGAGGUAUAGAUUACAGAAGGCAUGGAUUCUAUGACCUUGCACACAGAGAGAGAAAUAUUAGUCUUCUUAUUUUAUGAUUGGAAAAUCAAUGAACUAGAGACAAAGUGGCACAUUUGAUGAUCUGGGAUUGCAGGUCAUUUUGCAAGCCAGCCACAGAGCCAAAUCUGGGCUCCUUCAUCUAGGACUCAACUUCAGUAAAAAGACUGAUUAUGCCAAAGACUGUGCUGUAAAAGCAAACCUAUUUCAUUUUUGAAGCAAAUUUUAAAUUCAGGAUAUUUUCUUUGGGGAAUUGAUUCUUGAGAUUUAAACUAUAGGAAAUUCUUUUGUUUUUUCAAUUAUAUAGAACAGUAUUUCACUAGCAAAUGAUUUACUAAAAAUACAUAUUUCUUGACACAUCAUGUAAUGACAGAAUGACAACAGUAAGCCUAAAAGGAAUGGAAAAGCCCCCAAUAUUUAAUGCUGAGAGUUAGCAAUAUUUCUGAUUAUAUAUUCAUUUAACUGUCAGUUGUUUUUGUGGAAAAUUAAAUUCUUCAAAAAUUAAUAAUAAAAAAUUUGAGUCUCAUCAAAGCUAGCAACUUCAUCCCAAUAAAUAGCAAUAUAAAUUAAAAUUUUUUAUUUAUUAUUAGUAUGUUCAGUUUUACACAUCGUGAUAUUUCUUUAUGCCCUUUGCCUGACCAAUUUUAAGGCUAUUUCUAACAUUCAGAAAACAAGAUUUUUGAAGCUGUAUCUGGGACAUUUCCGGUGUCCCUUAAAAUUUUUAUACCAGUAAAUAAACUUUCCAUUUGUAUUUAUAAAAGCUCUUAACUUGUUUAACUAGAAAAUAACCCAAAUUUUCUGUACUGGUCAGAGAAAGAAUAAAAUUUUGCCAAAGACAAAAUUAAAAAAUCCUUUAGAAUUGGUAGGUAUAGGAUGAUGACUACUAAUAGCAAUAAAAUAAUAUUUGUUAUAACAUUCAACAUAAUUGAGUUGUAUAAAAUCAGUUGUUCACCUUAUCCAUUUAAUUUUUGGUGCAUGGCCACUAAUUACUUUCAUAUUGAAAUUAUAUUUUUAUUUCUAUUCUUGAGAAAAUUUCAUAAGCUAGAAGACUUAACUAUUAAAUAAUGGCUUUGAAAAGCUUGUUAUUAAUUCUAGUAAAACCCAGGGAAAGAGUUCAGAAGUAGACAUGCAAGCUAAGUGAUUAAUGAAGAGCCAAAAGCUUUUAUUUUCAAAGUUAAAGAUCAAAGUAUUUAAGAUCUCUUGGCAUUUUUCUUUAAUGAGUACCUUAGUGUUAAAGUCCCUUCUGCAGGCACUAUAUAAUGAUUUAUGGACUCUAGAAUCAUAAAAUAGAUUGAUUUUUCAAAAGUGCAUAUGGAAAAUAAUGUGAACAAAAAUAAAUACACCCCCCAGAAAAGCAGGUGGAAUGGACUUAGGGAUAAUCAUCAUUUAGAAGAGAAAAGUGAAAAAAAGAGAAAGGAAAAAAUGGACAAAGGAGCAAGGUAAACUAUAAUCACACUACUCUCUUUUAAGAGUCUUGCUUGGGUUGUUUUUUAUUCAAGAAUGUUAUAAUUAAGUAUAAAUAGCAAUAUAAAUAAUUUAAAUAGUUCUCUUCUGGCAUAAAAUUUUUAAUUAGCCAUCUUUUCUAGGUAUGCACAAAAAUGAUGUAAAAUAAAACUGGUUUCUUCCUUCUAA